ACGAGUUGGAUGAUCCGGACCACAUCGAUAUGCCUACUUUCGGCAUACUUUGGACACGUCGCGAGAGACGAUUUGCUCGCGACCAGGUCAGGAACUGCUACCCUGCGUUCACCGAGCAGUUCGACGUGCUCGAUGAUAGGGCGGUGAUCUGGCAGCCCUAUACGGCCGCCGCCGUGCAUGCAAGGUACCCCGGCGGGAUCUCUAACCUCUGCUAUAGAGAUUGUGCGUACUGGAUGACACAGUCAAAGAUCAUCUUCGAUGUGUCCGUUGAGAUAAUGUCCCAGCAGAGGAUCAUGAGGCAGUUCGGCUCUCGGCAGCUGGUCGAUCCUCCACCACCGAUAGCGCCUCUCCCUGCCUACGUCCACAAGUAAGUUCUGAGCAUCGCUAAGUUUAAGAUUGUUCA